AUGAAAAGCGAAUAUCGAGCAGAUUCAGUAUAUAGGACAACAAUCACAACGGGAGGAGUAGCAUCGGCGCAGUCACAGAACUUAACCUUUAGCGAGUCGUUGUAUGAAUUGAAUGGAUUGGAUCAUGCUGUCUACAAUGAUGGAACCAUCUUGCUACGUGUCACCGCGCCCGGCAAUAAGAAUCAGGCGUGUGACGGGGGGUUGAACCUGAGAUUAAUUUAUCCGAAUGGAAAUAUUGCGAUCGUUAAUUUCAAUAACAGUGAUCUUCAGAUACCUUCCGAUAAUUAUUGCCCGGCGAAUAGAAGUGAAUUUACCGGGCCUGGCGUAACAUCAGGGAGUGUUCCUGAUGCUAUAAGAAUAUAUGCCAUACCUGAUCAUUACAUCUUAGUGACCUAUUUCCAGGCUGAUAAUAAAACUCACGGAGCAAUAUUGGAUUGGAGUGGUAAUGUGUUAAGUAAUAAUACGAAUCUCGGAGAUACUUGCGACAAUAGUGAAAUAAUCCCAAAUCAUAACACCGUUGAUGGCGGAUUCCUGAGACGAACAGCUGGUUCAUGUUAUUUGUCGAUACCAGUGCUUAUGAAAAUUCGCGUGCCAUCGUCAAUCGAAAACAGCUCUUCCGAUGGAUCGAUAAACGUGAUAUCGAACGGCACACUAAAUACGCAAAACAGAAUCUCCAAUUUCUCUCCCAACCUCACCAAAAUUUUUGUCACCGAGAAUGGGAAUUACUGUAUGAUCACCUCCAAUUAUACCGCCGUCACCUCCACCUGGAACCUCUUCGCCUCAUACAUCGCACCCACGAACAAUUCUACGCAAUCAUCAUCCUCUGAUACGGGUCCGUUUCAAGUCUACGAAACGUCAGUCAACGCGAGUGCCACCUUACUGAACAUAUACAGCUGCGGCUUAUCAUACGCGUCAAUCGGCUAUAGUUGUCUAGUGUACAACGGUCAAGAAUUUGCGACCGUGGAUUUCACAUCAUCGGGAUCGGUGUUAGCCAUGAAUGAAAUACAGAACCCUCCAUUGACACCAAAUGAAAUUCUGACCGGACUUCCUCUGUUCUAUGGUGGAACCCUUGUGGUUACUCGUGGUUCGAAUGGAUCGACGGACGGAUGGGUGUUCGGCGAUACGAGUGUUUCCACCAAUGCGUCGCUUCAAAACACCUACAAGUAUUUGCAGGUAGGUGUGUUUUUGAACAAUUCAGUGUGGAUUAUUGGCGUAGGUGGGAAUUCGAAUGCGACAAAUGAAUGGACGAUAUCAACAUUUUCGAGUUUCUCGGAUUUCAGCACAAUUAAUGGAGGCGCACAAAACGCAUCCGGUGGUCCGGGGCCUUAUGGAUGUGCAUUCAUCCAAUCCGCCGUUCCCGCCAAAGGUACCUUCAUCUCGCAAUACCCCGUCCACACAAUAAAUAUUACCUACUCAACACCAGGGCAGCUCCAACUAUCAACCGGUAACAUAAGCAUCUGGCAAUCCAAUAGCAGCAGCGACAGUUAUGAUUUGUUCGGAGGAAAAUAUGAUAUUUUGAGACAAACAAUUUCCGGCUCAAACUCAAAUUAUGUCUCACUGUCGAACGGUAACAAGACGGUGGUGGUGAAAGUGUUGUCAAGCACUUUUGAUCAACCGAACACCGAUUAUUAUGUGACGAUUGAUAACGACUUCGUCGUGGAAUCCACGUAUGGUCAACCGCUGCUGGGAGUGCGAAGGAACGUUUGGCUCUUUAAUAGCGGUAACCUGGAGACAGAUAAGAGCACGAUCCGCCUGACCACCUUCGGAUCAAGCUACUAUGUAUCUCUUUCGGAAUCUGAAAAAGACAAAUUCGUUCAACAAUUCGCCUCGCAACUCGCCUCCAUCAUACCGUGCACGAGAUCCCGCGUUUACCUCAGGACCAAGUAUCAAUACGAUUAUACCUUGCCUAACAGAGACCAAAUAUUGUUUAGAGUGUAUAUCUAUUCUAAUAAAAAUGUUGCCAAUGUAAAUAAAAACUCGAAGGUCCAGGAUGUUAGUCCAAUAAGCGUCAUUUUUGAUAUGAACACCUUAAUUAUAAACAAGAACGUUACCGGAAUUUCAAAUGGAUUGUUGAGCCUUCUGGAUGAUACAUACGGAGCGAAUGUUGCCCGUAACCGGGCUCUGGGCACGAGGAACAACAAGGCAUGGAAUGUUGUGAUAUUCUUGUUCGCGUUUAUCAUCGUGGAUUUCGUGCUGGACAUUUCAUUCAUCUCCUUGCACGGAAGAGAUCUAACGUGGACAUAUUCCGUCAGUCUUAUCCUCCUGAUGGUGCCGAUCGCCAUGAACACGGCAACUGCCUUCUUCCUAGUCUCUUACGAACAAUCCAGGAGCAGGUUCUUGGAGUGGUGGCUGAUGUACCCGAAGACCGGUUUCAUUUUUUUGAUGUUGAGUUUGAUUGACGUUGAUUUUUGGAACAUUGUGUCCUCGGGAUUCGCUGGAAUUAGAAAAUUUGACGCGCCGUUGGAUCCUAGAACUCGAAAAUAUGUAUUCUUCCUUAAUAUCGUGAAUCUGAUCAUUGAAGAUGUCGGACAGGCUAUUGUUUUGGUGAGAUAUCAAGAAAAUGAAAAGUCACAAUCUUUUCCCUCGGUUUUCGGAAAAGCCAGUGGACGGCUUGACGGCGAUCUGAUCAAGUCACGUCGUCGCCAUGAUACCGAUGAUCCGUUGGACGACACUUCCGGAUCACAGUACCUAGGUUUUUGGAAGAAGAAGAAAUCGCGACAUCGCAAAAACGUUUCUUCUUCUUCUUCCUCGGGCUCGGAAUUCUAUACCCCCGGAGAAUACAAGGGUUUCGCUGCGGAUUAUGUUAACAACAAUAAUAAUGACGAGAAAAACGACGUGCCUGAAAUAUCCGACGCUUUUGUGGUGAACACGGACGUAACUGGGAAACCGUUUUUGUCAUUGAAAAAGAUGGACGCGCCGGUACACAGCGUAUCACAUGGUAAAAAGGUUGAGGAUGCGAUAACAAACAUAGAAGAGAGUUACACCCCGAGUGAACAGGGAUUAGGAGCAGGUACAAUUUACGGUUCAGGAAAAAUUUAUGGAAGUGAGACUAGUAUUGCGAAAAGGUCAAGCAACGUCGGAAUUAUCGGACACACUGGAAGGUCAAAAAACUUCGGGAUUAUCGAACACACUGGAAGGUCAAGCAACGUCGGGAUUAUCGGACACACCGGAAGAAUUUUUGAGGGUGAAGAAGCCAUAAUAGAAGAAGGCGAAUCCGGUUUGAGCGAACGUGGAGCCGCCGUGGAAAGUUCUGAUGUACCCGCAGAGACAUUAACUCGGAAAGAUUUAACAGGGGAAACUCCUAGGGAAAACAUCGACGACCAAGAUAUGGAUACAGAAACCGAAACGGAAAAAGCCAGAAGAGGGGGACCACAACUGACCAAAUUCGGAAGCGUAGAUACGUAUCAUACAUCGUCGGGCGGAACCGACACCACCAUUAGCAGAACCAAUACUACAAUCUCGGGGACCACAUUGGAGAGCGAUGGAUCUUUUGAUGGUGGCGUGCGAAGGGCUAGUUCAAGUAGUAAGAUAAGGAAAGAGGUUAGUAGCGAGAUGAUGAGUGAUAUUGUGGAAAAUGAUGAAGGAAGCAUGUUGUAA